AUGGGGUCAGAAGAUUCGCUGGGCUCGCGGAUAGCCUCGCUUGUUCAUGCGCAUUUCGAUGCCCUUCCCCCGCGCAGCAAGCCCACUAUUCGGCCUGAUGGCACGAGGGAAUGGAUUCCCAUGUCUGGGAUUGUGCUUGUAAGAGGAGAGAACACUCCUUCAGAAUCUCUCACCUGCAUAUGCAUUGCAACUGGCGCAAAAUGCCUUGCGGCGUCUCAGAUCCCCAACUGCAAGGGCCUGGUGCUGCAUGACUGGCAUGCAGAGGUCCUUGUCAUGCGCGCUUUUAACUACUGGCUUCUCUCUGAAUGUCGCGGUCUCCUUACGGCCGAAUCUCUAUCAUCGGAGGGCGAACAGCCAUCGCGAUUCAUCCGGUUCAGGCAACAAGGCCGUGGCCACCCAAGCCGAUCUACAGGUUCAACAUCAAUCCAAUCCCCAGAUUCAACACCGCCUCAUCCAGAACCGCCCUUCGAACUUCAAUCUGAUGUGAAAGUCUACAUGUACUGCACCUGUGCACCCUGUGGCGAUGCGAGCAUGGAGCUCUGCAUGGCCGCGCAGGACGACCCAACGCCCUGGGCCACGCCUGAAAUCGAUUCCAAUGCACAUAUUUCCUCAGAUACUGACGAUCCUGGAUCAAAGCCCGAGCCAACACUGCUGGACGGGCGGGCCCAUUUCUCGCGUCUCGGCGUUGUCCGCCGUAAACCGUCCCGCGCGGAUGCCGUCGCAACUAAGAGCAAAUCAUGCUCGGACAAACUGGCCUUGAGGCAGGUUUCGUCCUUGCUAUCAUGCGGAAGCAGUUUACUUGUGGCAGCGACGCAAAAUGCAUACCUAGAGGCCAUUGUGUUGCCCGAUGAGGAAAUCAGUCGGGAAGGAUGCGACAGGGCAUUUGGAGAUGGGGGUAGGAUGGGACUAUUGAAAGGGCGAAUGUGGGGGGAAUUGAAUCAUAUGGGUUCUAAAAAGGAUGGACAGGACAACGGCUCCAGCAAAGAAAGCGAAGAACUGGAACAAAUUUGCUCAUCCCAAUACGGAUACCACCCCUUCAAAGUCCUUUCUAUCCCCAAUACGCAACUUCACUCGCUCUGGCCGUUCAGCAAGAAUCCCCCGGCUGAUGAUUCCCGCGAGACCAACCAGGAUGGUCCACAGGAUCAGGGCCAGGAUGAAAAGAGCCCCCGCAAGCCGAAACCUGGCAACAUCAGUGUUCUCUGGAUAGCUGCCCCGUCGACCCCAGAUGCGGCUGGAACCCCAUCGGACAAUGGAGCCAAGACCAUGCCAAAGCUCUGCGGGUCCAAGACCGGUCUUUACGAGACUAUCAUCAACGGGGUGAAACAGGGCACGAAAGCUUCGGCCCCUGUUCCGCGAGGAGCCUCUGGAUUGUCCAGGGCAAAGCUAUGGGGGCUUCAAAGGGAGAUAGUACAAAUACUACUAAAGCACAGCCGGGGAGAAUUAGGCGAUGGGUUUGGAGAAGACGGGGUUCCGAAAGAACAUGUGGAGGAGGGCGGUCGCGCCGGUGAUAGCAACCCUGAGGCUGUCCUGCGGCAAGUCAUCGAAGCUUCCAGUUAUCAGGCUCUAAAAGAGGAUGCAGCUGUCUCGAUUCAGUCGGCUAUGAUCCGACAAAGGGCUAUCCAGGAUGCGAAGACCGUGCUGGUGCCAUGGGUUCCUAAUAUUAGGGACGAGGCUUGGGGUUUAGAAGUGUUGUCCGAUACGGGAUCCAAAAAGAGGAAGCGGUAG